CAUAGCAUUGGCGGCAUGUAAACGAACUGUGAGAGAGAGAGAGAGAGAGAGAGAAUCUGUUUACAAGGUCAAGGGAGAAGGAACCAACCCCCAUAGAUUCAUUAAACUUGGAACCUUUGUUGCCUUUUGAUCUUCGUGUUGAUUACUACGGUCUACAAGAUCAAGACUUAGUCGAAGAAGACGAAGCAAAGCGAGAGAGAACUAAAUACCAACACUAUGAUGACAACAACAGAGGUUGGUGUGCUCCACCAAUGGCACACUCUCUAAUCUACCCUUCUCAUAAUUCUCACCAUCUUUAUUCUCUUUCUCUCUCUCGAUCCACAGUUCCACACUCUUUUCUAUACAGCAUGAAGUUUCUCUUGGAACUUGUCUCCUGCUGUGGAACUAUAUCUCGCCCAUCGGUCCCUACAAGUCCACCGCCGGCGGAUGAGACUAGGUGCCUUGUGCCUUCAACUCCGCCGGAAAGCCGUCGGAAGCGCGGGAGGGUGGCCUCCAAAAGGUCUGCGUAUACGCCCCAAUGGAGGCCUUCACUACACGCGAUCUCCGAGGACAACGUCGUGGUUGAGAGUAAAGAACGAGCCGUUGUUGGAUCUGAAAGAGUUCUGAAGAGAAAAGUUGAACCGCCGACGGGAAAAGUUCGCAUCCGUAGCUGCAGCGACGAUUCAAGGAGACCUCCACUUCAAGCAAUCAUGCCGACGCCAUUUUUGUUUUGAUGGGUCUUCCUUGAGCCUGUUCAUCGAAUCCUGCGUUUUGUGGAUAAAAAAUGUGUAAUUUUUAGCUGUAAUGAGCUUUUGAUCUGCUAUUUCCAACUAUGAUGUUAAAGCUAAUAGUACUGUCCUGCCACAGUAAGAAUCCAUUCUGUUUUAGAUCAAAUCCUCUAGAACUAAAUGGUUUCAGUUUUCUUGGAAGUAAGUUUAUUAUUGGUCCCCGGGCAUUGCUACAACAGCUCUCUGUCUUAUCAUAUUUAUGUCAAACGGUCAAAAUUUUGUUCU